UUUAUUUAUUAUAACAAUAACAUACAAAUUCUUAUCGUUUGAAUUUAUUGAUUGUAUUUUUAAUAUUAAUGAGAUUGUUAAAAACAAUACGAUGAAUUCUCGAAAAAUUACCACAGUUAUAACAAAAGAUUAUGACUCUAAAGAUGCAGAAAAUCGACCAGUAAUAAAAGUUGCGGAUCGUCCAACUUUUAUAUUAAAAACCCGAGAAGGCGAAAGUAGAGCUGUAUCUCCAAGUCAACGCAAUGGAGCCAAAAAAGAAACGGAUGCCUCUGCCAGUACAUCAACAAAAUCAUGUGAAGCACGAUUGUUAAUGACAUUACCCCAAGAAAUGACAAGUAGUAUAAAAUUAAUGGAUGAAAAUAUGCAACUUUAUGAAAAUGUAUUAGAAGAACUGAUUGAUCAACAAGAUUUUCUAGUUGUUGGAAUCUUAGGAACUCAAGGAGUUGGAAAAUCGACAAUUUUAUCUCUUCUUACGUCAAAUUAUGGAUCAGAAUUAUUCGCUGUACAAAAGUCAUCUCAUCACAAAAAUGGAAUAAAUUGUACCAGCGGAAUAGAUUUUUACGUAACAAAAAAUCGUGUAAUUUAUUUAGAUACACAGCCAAUUCUUUCAAGUUCAAUAAUGACACCAACUAACACGACGUUAGAGCACUAUGUUAAUUCAGAAUAUAACUUAGAAAUACAAUCUCUACAAUUGACUGCCUUCUUAUAUUCUGUUUGCCAUGUUAUUAUUUUCGUUCAAGAUUGGUUUGUCGAUCCCAAUUUAAUAAGAUUUAUUCAAACUGCUGAAAUGUUAAAACCAUCCUCGACAUCAAAUUUGGAUCAAGACUACAUCGAGUAUUAUCCUCACAUGCUUUUUUUGCACAACAAAGCAGAAGUGGAUGAUUUCAUGCCAGAUACUCUAAAAAUCAUGACGGGCUUUUAUGACAAAGUUUUUGCAAGAUCUAGAUUACAAACUCACAGCGGACUGAACAUGAGUUCAUGCUCAACAGACGGUCAACUUAAUUUAUUUCUUAUUCCUGAAAUAAAAUCACAAAAUGAACCAAUAAUCCAUGAAAAUGAAAAAGAGUUAAUACAAAAAUUACGAAAUAAAAUUCACGGAAUUUCACGUAAUCCGUUAACACCAUCAGCGUUAACAGAAAAAAAUUGGUACCAUUAUGCCUUCAAAGUUGUUGAGGCUAUAAAAAAAAGUCACUUAUUUGUAGAAUACGGAAGGUUACUUCCUUAAGAUGAUAAUUUAUUUAUAUUGCUUAUCAGUAUAAGAUAUUUACGAUAGGCACAUAUUUAUAAUAAAAAUAAUAAUACAUAUUUUGAUAUUGACAAAUA